AUGAGUUUGGAGAAACGCGAGUCUCUACACCACUUUGAGCACCGAAGCAAUAAUGAAGACUUGGAUCAGGCUAUCGCACUUCACAGGGAAGCGCUGGCUUUGCGCCCGGUCGGUCACCCAGAUCGGUCCUCGUCAUUAAAUAACCUUGCCACUGAACUUUCCUCCCGCUUUGAGCACCGAGGCAAUGACGAAGACUUGGAUCAGGCUAUCGCACUUCAGAGGGAAGUGCUGGAUUUGCGCCCGGUUGGUCACCCAGAUCGGUCCAAGUCAUUAAAUAACCUUGCGAAUCGACUCUCCUCCUGCUUUGAGCACCGAGGCAAUGAUGAAGACUUAGAUCAGGCUAUCGCACUUCACAGGGAAGUGCUGACUUUACGCCCUGUUGGUCAUACAGAUCGGUCCUCGUCAUUAAAUAACCUUGCCAUUGAACUCUCCUCCCGCUUUGAGCACCGAGGCAAUGUCGAAGACUUAGAUCAGGCCAUCGCACUUCAGAUGGAAGUGCUGGCUUUGCGCCCAGUCGGUCACGCAGAUCGGUCCUCGUCAUUACAUAACCUUGCCACUCAACUCUCCUCCCGCUUUAAGCACCGAGGCAACGACGAAGAUUUGAAUCAGGCUAUCGCACUUCACAGGGAAGCGCUGGCUUUGCACCCGGUCGGCCACGCAGGUCGGUACAAGUCAUUACCUAACCUUGCCACUCAGCUCUCCUCCCGCUUUGAGCUCCGAGGCAAUAGAGAAGACCUCGACGAGUCACGAGAGAACCUACGCUCUGAGGUCUAUCUAUCAUUCCAUCAUUCGGGGCUUGACGGCAUCGGAGUGGGUGAAGAUACUAACAGUCUGAAUUCUGCAAUGCAUCAUCUCAAGGCAACAGCAAAUGUUGUCUCCAGAGGCUCGCUAUCUCACCUCCAACAUUCGCAUGCCACUGAGCUGGAGGCCUGUGCAACUUCCAUGCAACUUCUGGACGCUUACAUGUCCACGACAGCUUCAGUAUCGUCUCGUCACAAUAUCAUGAAGUAUCUCCCAAGAACGCUUGCCAUGGAUGCUGCAUCGUGUGCUCUUCAUAGUGGUGACGUGUGUCGCGCUGUUGAGUUGUUGGAACAAGGCAGGACUAUCAUCUGGACCCAGAUGACACGACUCCGCACACCUCUUGACAGCCUCCAGACAUGCGGCGAUCACGCAGCGGCCCUGGUGAAGAAAUUCAGAGACCUCAGCUCCCUCCUCGAUAAGCCUCCUGCGAACGAUCUAGAAGCAACCCCAAGAGUCGAUGUAGAAGCAGAAGAAGCCCAAUACAGACGUUUAGUGAAGGACUGGAAUAGGGCUGUAGAAGAAAUCCAGAAGAUCGAGGGCUUCUCUCUCGCUUCCCUCCUUCCCCCCUUAUUCUCCGAUGAUCUUCAAGAUGCAGCUUGUGAUGGGCCUAUCAUUGUGCUCAUUGCAAGCAAGUUGUCUUGCCAUGCCAUUAUUGUCCCGCACAAGCAACCUCUGACCAGCAUUCAACUCCCAACCAAUCUUGAGAAACUCCAGACAUUGGUGGUCAAACUCAAACAGGAAAGCGGAGAAAGCCCUGAAAAAGGUCUUGAUGGAGUUGUGGGACAUCGUCGUCGGCCUGGUGGUCGAAAAUCUGCACAAAUUUGCACGACCAGGCGAGGUGGACGAUUGCUAUCGCAGUUCUAUAUCUCUUCAUACACGCCAUCGCUUACUGCACUGAUAAAUACUCGCAGACAUGACAGGUCCCUGUCAGUGUCCUUCGCUGCCAUUGGUCAGAAUCGCCCAGCCGGUGCUUCAUUCACUUUGGAUUGUGUGGAGCCUAAAUUGGAAUUAGUGCAAAGUCUUUUACCCCCAGCUGUUUCCUUCACCAAGAUAACGAGCGUUGAUGCAAUGAAAUUGAGGGCACUACGCACGCUGCAAGAUAAUACUUGGCUCCAUUUUUCGUGUCACGGGACACACAAAUACAAGGACCCCUUCAAUUCGGCCUUUCUCAUGCGAGACCAACCGCUUUCACUUCUCGAUAUCACACAAGCAGAUCUGUCUCGGCAUGAAUUUGCAUUUCUUUCUGCCUGUGAAACUGCAGUCGGUGACUCGACUACUCCAGACGAAGUGGUACACCUAGUGGCUGCCCUACAAUUUGCUGGGGUGAAGAGCGUUAUUGGGACAUUAUGGAAAGUCAACGAUAGUACCGUGCAGCGCUUAGUCGAAGCAUUCUACAAAAACUUUUGUGGGGAUGGGACAAUGAAUUCGAAACAAGCUGCCCGAGUGCUUCGCCGAGCGGUUCAGUCGUUGGCUUGCGACGAGGACAUGCCCUUGGACCAGCGCAUAGUGUUCGUGCAUAUUGGCAUAUGA